CUGCAUGAAAAUCUCAUUUCAGGAAGUAUUCAGAAGGCCUGUGAUGCCGACUCAACCACUUCAUCAGCCACCGUAACGCGCACCAUUUCUCCAGGACGCAGCUUCGAACAUCAUGUGACUAGCCAAGCACAGGUUUCCGUUGGUAAUGUUCCAUUGAGCCCUUCUCGUGUCCCUCCGUCUACGUCGACAGCGGCAACUACUUCAUCCAACGAAGUACCGUUUGCUCUCACUUAUCCACCGCUUUAUGUUACUGCUCCUGCUGCCAUGCAUACUCAUCAGGGCUAUCUGAACAAUCAGCAUCCUGGCAGCCAACAUCAAAGUCAUUCAGGGCACCAACAGCUGAAUCAGGUUCAGGCUGAGCAGCACUCGACCAGCACUGAGGCCUCAAACUCAUUUUCUUCGAAUCAGGAGCUCUGGCAGACACAAGUUAACGGGCAAAUUUUUGAAUUGCGUGAUCAGAUACGAGAACUGAAGGCUCAAGUGGAGAUGCUAAAGCUUCUGUUAUUCUACUAA